CGCAGACGAGUGAAACUCCUGGUGUGCCCUUGAUGGGCGGUUCAGUAGGUUACGCAGGACCGAUGACGAUGACGGGAUAUGUUGGCGGUCCAACGGGUUCGGCUCCUUCACCUCCCGCAGGGUACGCUUCCCUGCCAACUACUGUGCCCACAUUAGCUCCCAACAAUCCACCGUACAAUCAAUCAUACGUCGCGUCUCCAUUUCUAGUCCCCGCUCAGCUUGGUACGGCUCCUCCCGGCCCCAUGCCGUUCCCGCUUCAACCAGGUCCACCACCAGCUGUCGUGGGCCCAGCAGGRAUGGGUUAUCCAGCGAUGGGCGGCGGCGGCGGCGGCGGGGGGAGCGUGCUUACUACGUUCGCGGUCGUUGCUCCGCCAGGUCCUCCCCUUCCGCCCAUCACCUACGUGACCGGCUAUGAUGCUCCCAAACGAAACUGGGAGGGUGGUCUAUGCARUUGUUGCGCAACGACCAGCUCUGGUAGCGGCGGCUGUGGCCUGUGUUGCCUCACCUGCUGCUGUCCUUGUAUCACUUUCGGCAAGUCCAUGAGAAUCGCCCGCUUGGGCGUGUGCUGGAGCAGCGGCCUUUUGUUCUACAUCCUGACCGUCGGUAUGCUCAUCCACAUGGCGAUUUUUUCAUUUCUAGUUCCGAAUGUCAUUACUCCAAAACACCACCACUACCACGACGGCUACUAUGUAGGCAGCAACGACGGCUACAACUACACCGGCGGCUACAUCUACAACGACAACGGCAGCWACAACUACAGCGGCGGCUACAACUACAACCAGGGCUACGACUACAAGGAGUCCGAAUUUGACUAUUUCACGUUGAGCGACCAGAGAAUUUUUCUGGCGGGGGUUGGUCUGAUGCUUAUCGGUUCUUGUCUCUUCGGAGGGAAUUAUAGGCGUUUGAUGAGGAAAAAGUUCAGAAUCCAGGGGCACGUAGCAAACGAUAUGUGCAUGCAUGCAUUCUGCUCUAGCUGUGCGCUGUGCCAGGAGCACAGAACGCUCCAUAACAACGUGAAGAAUGGCGAGUGGGUGGAGGCGGCGCCUGUUCAAGCUGUGUCGGUGGUACUCCCUCCCAUUCAGCAAACAAUGUCUUGAUAGAUUAAUAGAUAACAGGCGUGCAUAUGCGUCCAUGUAGUGAAUCGCACCUGGCUGGUGAGGUCAUUGCACUUUAAUACUCAUCUAAUCAAUACCGGCACUUGCU